AUGGCUAUAAGUCUAUUGGUGUUUUACGUGUUGACGACACUGUCAAGUCCUGUCACACCUUACCAACAUGAUCACAUAAAGGCACUCCUUAACCAUAUUUUCACGACAAACUCCUAUAACAAGAUCGUUCGUCCUAGUGCAGACCAGCUUCAGCCUACUAGAGUGUUUGCGGAUUUAAGCCUAGUUGGAAUUACCGACAUUGAUGAGGUUCAAGAAAAAAUGACAACAACAGCCUUUUUAUACAUUUCUUGGAAAGAUGAUUAUAUCACAUGGAAACCGUCAGAUUACAACGGCACCUACAUCAUAUACGUACCACAGAAAGAUAUAUGGAAGCCAGAUAUUGCUUUGGAAAAUGGUUUCACUAAAAUGAAAGAGCUUGGAGAUGAUUUUAUACUGACUUCAAUAACGUUUGAUGGCGGUAUCCUGUGGCGUCCGUACGAAGUAUUUGAGACGAAAUGCACUAUUGAUAUAGAAUAUUUCCCUUUCGACAAGCAAACUUGUGAAUUAGUGUUUGGUGUUUGGACGAGCCCACUUAGUGAUGUUAUCGUCGGACUAGGGAGCAAAGGUGUCUUACUGGAUUUCUAUCAAUCCAAUGGCGAAUGGGAUCUCCUGACAACGUCUGCUUCUGCUGAGCUUAACGACACAAGACAGGAUGGGGCAGUAGCUAAGUUUUCAAUAACAAUUAAGAGAAAACCGCAGUAUAUCCUUAUGAAUGUUGUUUUUCCAAUAGUUAUGUUGUCUUUGCUUUCUGUGUUCGUUUUUGUUUUACCCGUUGAAAGUGGCGAAAAGAUGGGUUAUCUUAUGACAGUAUAUCUUGCUUUUGCUGUUUUCCUGACAAUUGUAAGUGCGUCACUUCCGGCUAGCUCAAAUAAAUCAUUACUGAGUUUGUACCUGAUAUCGCUUCUAUGCUUUGGAACAGCAAUUGCCAUGGUUACGACAGUAGAGCUCCGUAUUCACUAUCGCGACAGUUCUCAUGAAAUUCCCAAAUUUGUCAAAGGUAUGAUAAAGGUGUGCAAAGCGCUGAGGUGUCGCAAGUUGAACAAGAAAAUUCAUGAUGUAGGUCAAAAUAAGGUUACUCAAUCCAAUGUCAAAGAACGAACAGGAAACUUUCAGAAAUCGAAAAUUCCUAAACCAACAUUUGUUGAACCAUUGGUUGAAAUAAAUAGAGAAAAAUUUACAUGGCCAGAUGUGACGUCAGCUGUUGAUUUCUUCUGUUUCUGGUUUUUCAUGCUGACGAACAUCCUGAUAACAACUUUUAUAUUUGUUAAUGGCUAUAUCAAAAGCAAUGCUUAG